AUGAAAUCAAUCACUUUUAUUAUUGUUUUAAUUUUUGUUGGUUGUGUUUUUAGUGUUUCUGUCAAUAAUAAAAAUUUGAUUUCAAUUGUUGGAAAACAUCAUAAAGACGAUAGUAGUACUGGCAGUAGUACUGAAUCAACCUCAACUUUUCAAUCUGGUAAUAUUUUAUUAACAGAUCCAACUUCUUUAAAUCCAAACCAAUUUUAUGAAUUUACAACAAGUGGUGAUUCAAUUUAUAAUUAUACAACAUUUUUAUCAACUAAUGAAUCAGAAAGAUGUGUACCAGUUGAUAUGGGAUUUUUAGGAUCAACAUUAUUAUUAUUAGAUGCACAUCAAGGUGUUUAUCAAGCUAAUGAAAAUGGAGUUGUUAAAGGAGUUUGGAAUAAUUUAAAAACCAACACUAAAGGUAAAGUUGGUUGUGGACUUUCAAGAUUAAAUGUUGACCAACUAAAUAAUAAAGUUUACAUUGCAAGUUUAAAUAGUAAUUGUGAUUAUUCUUAUCAACCAGCAGUAUUUGUUUAUACAACCGAUGGAAACUUAGAUUUUAUAAUUUCAAAUUCAGAAUUUAAUACAACAACUGGUAUUGCAGGUGAUAGUGAUGGUAAUAUUUGGAUUACAGAUAUAAAUGUAAUUUAUGUUUAUGAUAAUUCUGGUAAAUUAUUAAAACAAUUUAAUCCAAUCAAUGAGAAUGAUAGAAUAGCUUAUAAUGGUAUAACCAUUUCACAAGAUUCUCAAGAUAGUAUCUACGUUUCAGUACCAUCCUAUCAAGGUGAUAUGAUCAUUCAAAUUAGUAAAUCUGGUGAAUUAAUUAGAUCAAUUAAAUUAAUUGGUAUUUUUAAUGGUCAAGUUAGUGGUUUACCUGGUUCAUUAGCAUUAACUAAAAAUCAUAUUUAUGUUGAAGUACCAUAUGCUUCUAAAAAAGAAAAUCCACCAUCAUCAUCAGAAUCAUCAUCAUCAGAAUCAUCCGAGUCAUCAUCAGAAUCAUCAUCAGAAUCAAGUGGAUUUUCAACUGGUUCAGCAUCAGGCUCAGCAUCAGGUUCAUCAGGUACAUCAGGUACAUCAGGUACUGGACUUUCAUCACCAUUAUCAUUUGGUGGACAUGGUAGUUUUAAAAAUAUUCAAAGAAAUGGAAAUGAUGGUGGUGAUGAUGAUGAAUUUUAUUUUGGAUCAGAAUCAACAUCUGAUUCAGAAUCAUCCCAUAAAGCUAAAACAGAUAUUAUUCAAUCUUAUAAUUUAGCUGAUGGUUCUUUCAAUAAGGCAUGGGGUGGUCAUAGUUGUAAUCCAAAGAAUAUACUUUGUAUUCCAUUUAGUGGUUUUGUAAUUGUCCCAUAA